GUUGUUUGAGAGCGUUUGCUGGAAUGCUGGAAGUGGCGCAUUACGCUGUGAAAACUAUUUGGCACUUGUUCAAAAUGUAAUGAUUUGAAGAAAACUAACGGGAUUGUUCAGAAGAAGUAAAUAAAUUCGGUACUUCUAUGAGACGAAAUAAAAUGAAUAACUGCUGGAAAAUCCACUACAGAAGGCACUGGCACGUUCAGUCUAUAGAACAAGGAACCAUAAUCCUCUUCAGACAUCACAAUCGGCACCAUGCAGAUAUUUGAGAACCACUUCAGCCCACCGGACGGCCAUCGCUCACUCCGCUUCCAAUUAGCAUUGCUCCGAUUUGUUGGACUCUGGGGUGACCGUCGACAGAUGGUAAAAUACGGCAUCCUGGCAUUCAACAUAGUGGCGCUGAUUAUUGCACCGAAAAUCGUCUUCGGUCCCGGGAAGGAUGGCUUCGACACGUUCGUGAGAAAUGUUGCCGAGUUGAUAUUUCAAAUCGAAAACUGCAUCUCGAUUGGAAUUUUCGCCCUCAGACGGAACCGAUUCGAGCGAUUGGUGGCAGUGUUGGAGAAGAUGUUGCUACGGGACUGGUCGGAAGAAUUGAGGGAUGAGAUUGACGAGUUCACGGCACGAAUGGACAAAUUUGGCCGGCGCUACACAAUCUACAUAAUGAUUUUGGCGACUUCAUUCACAGUCGUUCCAAUUGCGUUCAGCGUUGUGCAACUGCUUUUUAUUGAUACGGAGAAUGAUUUCAUGCUUGGAUUUGAACUAAAUUUCUACUGUCUCAAAGUUCGUACAGACUUCGGUCAAUACAUGUUCUACAUGUUGACUUUCUACACAAUCAGUGUGUUCAGUUCCGCCAUUCACAGCUCACUUAAGGGAUCAGUAUUCGUGGUGAUUAUCCGAUAUGGGACGAAACUCUUUGAGCUGGUGUCGAAGCGAAUAAACGCAGCGGCAAAGAUUGAGAAUCUGGACGACCGCCGCAAGGAAUUUGGUGAAAUUGUGGAACUGCAUAGUCUUGCUCUGGAAUAUGUUGACAACCUGGAAGCCACUCUGUGCUUUGUUCUGAUGAACCAGAUAUUUGGUUGCAUCCUGAUGUGGUGUUUGAGUAUGCUAUACAUAUCGAAUAACAUUGGACCAAACAUUGGAAACGUGUUGAUACUAUUCACGGUAAUCUUUUUUGAAAUCGUUAUAUAUUGUAUCAAUGGUACAAGGCUGAGCGAAAAGGCAGCUCUAGUGGCCAGUGCUAUGUACGAAUACCCAUGGUACAACGAACCUACCUCCUUGCAGAAAAACGGUAAACAAAUCAUUCAGAGAGCCCAGAAGCCGACCGGAAUCACAGCAGCCAAAUUUUACUUUAUCAACAUAGAAAGACUGUCUAUUAUCGUCCAGGCAUCAUUCUCAUAUUAUCUAUUCUUGAAAAAGACCUUUUAAACGAUAGGGACAAAUUACAAAACGUUUCACUGCACUACGUAGAGAAAUGCGCGCAUUUAAUGAAACUUGCACUUCUAUUUUCACAGUAUUCACAUUCACUAAAACCGUCAUUUGACGUCGCCAAUAGUCAAUGUCUUCUUUUUAUUUUUGAUUAUUAGUCUCUUAGGCUUUCAACAAGGAGGUUCGCCUUAUCGUCAAUGUCGACAUGCUAGACAUAGAGAAAACAAAAAUAGGUGGAUAUGUAUGCAAAGUGCUUCCUAGAAUUAGUCAUUUAUUAACCCUCCUGUACUCGCGUGCAAAAUCAUAACACGUAUACUCGCGCACGGUGUCACAGACCGAAAAUUGAACUUCUCUGUAAUGUUGCUAUUGUGUAUUUUUCAGGCUUCGUUGGCAUUUAUUUGAAGAAGAGGGUAUGAUUGAAUGAAAAACUCCAAAAACUAUGUUUUCAUCAGCCUCCUCAAGACAGAGUAAUUUUUGACACUCCAACACAAAUAACGAAAUUCGAAUUUUUCACUCUUAUUAAUAAAAAGUAAGCAACUGAAUAUAAUUCAUGGAAGUAUAAGGAGCUAUAAAAUAACAUAAAAGCGUAUUAAUAGAUUGUGGUUUCAUUGGAGUAAGAAUCAGAACAUUGCAUUACUGCAUGCUCGAAACAAACAUAUUUUUUACAUUUCAUGCAGUUGUUGCGUGUUUUUCGGGUCUUUUAUCGAAGAGAAGAAUGUAUAACGACCUUUUAGAUAAUUAUCAGAUGAUAAAGAUUUUGGAAUAUAAAGUUUGCAUAUUUCUAAUAUUCUUAUAUGCUGUAUUCUUGGUAAAUUAAGAAUUAAUGCUUUUUUUUAGAUGGGGCAUAAAAAGAUGAUAUAAAAGGAUUUCUAGGAACUUACUUUUCUUUUUCUUGUUUUCUUGUCGAUAUUGUUCAUUAUAAAAACAAAAUCCCCGAAACUGUAACUGUUAAAAAUUAUUAUAAGCCACCGAUUAGUUUAUAGUUUACUGUUUACAAUUAUUCCACAAGUGAAAUUCUUUCACAAGUAUGUAUAUGUAUGACCAUUAUAUUUAGCGAAUAACUAUACGAAAGUCAAACAUUUAUAUUUUGCUUUUGAACAUAUGAAUCUAACAACGAAUAGUAAAAUCCGUUCAAUCCUGUUACAAAAGGGACUAAAGGGACUGAAAUCAAAUAAGAAUAGUCCGAUAAUGACCUUAUGCAUUAUAUUCAAUAAAUAUUCCACGCCACUAACAUUAAUUUUUACAUUUCAUUCAACAAUAUUCUAGAAUAUGAAAAAAGGCACUUGUCCAAAAAAGUUACUCCUAUACUCGCGUCGGUGUGUCAGACCGAAAGUGUUAAAAAGUGGCACACGCUCCCUUUGUAAUAACACAUGCGAUACGCUAAACGAUGACGAACGACUAAUAACAAAGCCAGUGCCGUAAAUACUCUGCUUGGGGCCCCGGUGCAAGGCAGUAUGAAGGGGCCCUAGUACGUUGCA